AUGGCUUCAUCUCGUCUUAUUUUACGACUUGUUGCACCAAAUAGUCUUAGUCGUCUAUCAACAAUAGGCAACACAAAUGGUUCAAUACGUCAUUUUUUCUAUCGCAAUCCAAGAAAUUUACCUGAUGUAUUUCUUGGUUCAUCAUCAAAUGUCUUUCGAGAUUUAGAGAAAGAAUUUGAACGUAUGCAACGACAAUUUGAUAAUUAUUUUCGUGGUAGUAAUAAUAAUAAUAAUAUUAAUACUAAUGAUAAUCGUUCAUUAGCUAAUUAUUCACGUGAUAGUACGAAUGAAAAUCAUAUGAUUGUUACUGAAUCAGAUGGAUCAAGAAAAUUUCAACUUGCAUUUGAUGUACGCGGUUUUGAACCUGAACAAGUUAAAAUUAAAACACAAAAUGGUACAUUAACUAUUUCAGCUAAGAAAGAAAAUAAAGCUGAUAAUAGUUAUUCUCUACAUGAAUUUAGUCAAUCAUAUACAUUACCACAAGAUCUCAAGGUCGAUGAUUUAAAAUCAACAUAUACAGAGAAUGGUAUUCUUUCAAUUGAAGCACCAUUACCUAGAGCUGAACCAAAAGAUCGUCAAAUUCAAAUUGAACAUUCAAAAUAA